UUUCUCCCUCAGCAGCUUCAGCUUGCUCCAGGUGAGUCUCCUGCUCCAGGAACAUCUGCUGCUCCAGGAACAUCUCCUGCUCCAGGGAAGGCUCCUGCUCCAGGUGAGUCUCCUGCUCUGAGCAUGCCUCUUGCUCCAGGAACAUCUCCUGCUCCAGGAACAUCUGCUGCUCCAGAGAUGUCUCCUGAAUCAGGGAAGUCUCCCGCUCCAGGAACAUCUCCUGCUCCGGGGGUGUCUCCUGCUCCAGGAACAUCUGCUGCUCCAGAGAUGUCUCCUGAAGCAGGGAAGUCUCCCGCUCCAGGAACAUCUCCUGCUCCGGGGGUGUCUCCUGCUCCAGGAACAUCUGCUGCUCCAGAGAUGUCUCCUGAAGCAGGGAAGUCUCCCGCUCCAGGAACAUCUCCUGCUCCGGGGGUGUCUCCUGCUCCAGGAACAUCUGCUGCUCCAGAGAUGUCUCCUGAAGCAGGGAAGUCUCCCGCUCCAG